CAACAUUUGGUUGAGAGAGACGGAGUAGGCUACUCCGUCCGGAAUAAAGGGACAUUGGGGAGAUGGUAAGAGAGAUAAAUUGAUGAAAAUGUGUAUAGCAAUAGAAAGCAAUGUGCGAAGGAAAAGCAAAGGAUGAAGGAAUUGAAAUGGGUGAAGGAUAUGCUUUGGAAUGGCCCAGAGAAUUUAUAGUUUAUUAGGAAGUCCAUAAUUGAGUCACGUUGUUGUAAUGCCAAACUGAAGGCGGGGAACAACGUAUACCAUUUUAUUUUCUCUUUAUAUAGAGUAGGAUGGUGAAACUGUCACAUUUCACCAGAAUCGCCUACAGAGUGUGUCCCCCCUACUUCAAACCAAUCAACAGAUUACUCUCUUCGUCUUCGUUAAAUGACUUGCGAACUGGUCAACCCAGCUUAUACUCCUACAACAAAGCCAUUGGUAAUCUAGUCAAAUGUGGAUCCAUAGAGUCUGCCCUCCAGCUUUUCGAUGAAAUGCCUGAAUCUGAUGUUAUCUCCUGGAACACUGUAAUUUGUGGGCUCAAUCGAUCCGGGUUUCCGGGGAAAUCUCUUUACUUUUACAAGAGGAUGAUUGGCCAAGGAAUAAUUGAGAACUCCUCCACGUUCUCGUCUGUUUUAAGCAUAUGCAACAAUGCAGGUUUUUACAGACAAGGGUUUGAGAUGCAUUGUAGAGUGGUAGUGUUUGGGUUGAAUAUGAACAUCUACAUUGUCAGUGCACUUGUUGAUCUGUAUAUGAAAGUGGGUCUUGUUUAUCUUUCUUUGAAAUUGUUUUAUGACUUGCCCGAAAGAAAUUUAAGUAUAUGGAACGUCGUAUUGCGUGGAAUCUGCAUUUCAGCGGGCGACUUCUUCUUCAAGGGAGGCAAAUGCAUUGUUUUUGAUGCCUGGAAAUUGUUUGUGGUUAUCCCACCAGAAGAUGUGAUAUCAUGGAGUUCAAUGGUUUCUUGCUUUGCUUCCAACGGGCUUUUACAUGAUGCCUUACAAGUCUUUCAAAAGAUGCAAUCUUUGGGCAAGACGCCAUCAGCUCAAUCUUUGUUGGGACUUUUAAAUGUAUCAAUUGCGGGAAAACAUACGCUGCUUGGAGAGCAAAUUCAUUGCUUUGUCCUAAAACUGGGAUUUAACUAUGGAAAUGUCCUUAUUCAGUCAGCUUUGAUUAACAUGUAUGGAAAAUGCGGCGACAUUGAGAGUUCGGUGUUUUUAUUUGAGAACACCCCCGACCCCACUCUUGAAUGUUGCAACUCCUUGAUGACAUCUCUACUGCAUUGCAACAUCAUAAAGGACGUAUUUGAAUUGUUCUGUUUCAUGGUUGAGGAAGGCAUUGGAUUUGAUGGGGUGAGUCUGUCCUCCACGCUUAAGGCACUAUCACUGUCGGCUUCUGUAAGCGUGAAUAGCUGUGGUUUACUGCACUGCUGUGCAAUAAAGUCGGGGUUCGUAUAUGAUAUUGCAGUAACUUGUUCUCUGAUAGACACACAUUCGAAAUCUGGUCACCUCUCGCGCUCUCAACAAGUUUUCAGGGAGCUUCUUUCUCCUAAUGCCAUAUGUUUCACGGCUAUGAUCAACGCAUAUGCAAGGCUAGGGAAGGGAAGCGAGACGCUUAAGAUGUUUGAAGCCAUGAUCCGGGAAGGCCUGGAACCCGAUGAAGUAACAUUCCUGUGUGUGUUGAUGGGCUGCAGCCACUCGGGCAUGGUGACCGAGGCGAGAACAGUGUUUGACUCAAUGAGCACUGUUCAUGGAAUCAGUCCGGACCGGCGGCAUUAUUCAUGCAUGGUGGACCUUCUGGGCCGCAUUGGCUUGGUGAGCGAGGCAGAAGAGUUAAUUCAAAGCGCAGCACUUGAGGGAGAUUCUGUCCUGUGGAGUUCGCUCCUACGUAGUUGUCGCACUCAUAGGAACGAGCAAGCAGGAAGGAGGGCUGCGGAAAAGCUGAUGAAACUUUGUCCGGAUUCCCCUGCUGUUUGGUUGCAAGUCUCAAACUUUUACUCCGAAAUCGGCGAUUUCGAUGCAUCAGUGCAGCUUCGGGAGGUCGCAGUAGCAAGGAAGUUGAGUAGGGAAAUCGGGUACAGUUUAAUUGAUAAUGAGCAACAAAACUAAUGAUCUUGCCCAAGCCCUCAUUUGCUCUUUUGUUUUUGAGCUUGAGAUGGAGAACUAACAUUGACAAGUUGAAUUCACGUUCUAAAAGGCAUUAAAUCUCUGGUGCGAGG